AUGGCUACUACGAGCGCAGCCAAUGCGGAGGAGGAACGAGCGGCCUAUCUUUUGGACGCCGAGACCAAGGCGUUGCAGUUAUUUGAGGAAAUAGAGCGAGAUCUCUUGCGGCCCGGCGUCAGUGAGAAGACAAUAAGCGAUGAAAUCCAUGAAUUGGGAGCAAAGCGCCACGGUAUUCGGACACAUUGGCACAAACGCGUCGUUCGUAGUGGCUCGAAUACAAUGCAGCCGUUUUCUGCAAAUCCUCCGGAUCGAAUUAUCCAGCCCGAUGAUAUCUUAUAUGUUGACCUGGGCCCCGUGUUCGAGGCCUGGGAGGCGGAUUUUGGACGCACCUAUGUCCUAGGAGAUGACCCACACAAGAAGCGACUGCGUGAUGCACUGGAGCCAAUCUGGAAAACAGUCAAGGAACGCUACUAUCAAAAUCCAGACAUGACUGGGGAGCAGCUUUACGAAAUUGCGUGCGAAGUCGCCAAACAAGAUGGAUGGGAAUUCGGUGCUCACCUCGCGGGGCAUAUUAUUGGCUCUUUUCCACACGAGCGUAUCCCAAAGGACAAGACUGCUUUGUAUAUUACCAAGGGAAAUCAGGAGUCGAUGACUGUCCCUGGUAGUGAUGGACACAAGCGGCACUGGAUCCUGGAGAUUCAUCUCCACGAUCCUGUGCAUCAGUUUAACGGCUUUUUCGAACAGUUAUUGACGGUGGGAUAA